AGGCGCGAACCACCCCUGCACACCACUGGAACAAGUCGCGCCCUGAACAGGCAGCGCGAGCGUCAUGGCGACGACUUGGAAUAUCGAUCGUGGACCAGUGGGAUGCUGGCCGCCCGACGUUUCGCCGAUCGUGCGCCACUAUUCAGUACAUGUGCCAAAGGGUGAAACCCUACCGCAGGUAGUGCUCGCGAGUGUCUUACCUUUGCACGCAUUUGUAAACAGCGCCGAAAAUGCGGACGACGGCGCUUACAAUUUUGCUCAAUGUCUUCAGUAUCGCUUAUGGAAACAGAGUAUUCGAAGCGAAUCCUGAUACGAAGAGACUCUACGAUGAUUUACUGUCCAAUUAUAAUAGAUUGAUACGUCCCGUUAUUAAUAAUACAGAGACUUUAACAGUUUGGUUGAGUUUAAAGCUGUCACAAUUAAUAGAAAUGAAUCUAAAGAACCAAGUAAUGACGACCAAUGUCUGGGUAGAGCAGAAAUGGUUUGACUAUAAAUUAACGUGGGAUCCACAGGAGUAUGGUGGUAUAGAUAUGUUAUAUGUGCCUUCUGAGAACAUAUGGCUUCCAGAUAUCGUUCUAUAUAACAACGCAGAUGGAAAUUACGAAGUAACGUUAAUGACGAAGGCUACUUUGAAAUAUACUGGUGAGGUAUUCUGGAAACCACCAGCCAUUUAUAAAUCGUCCUGUGAAAUCAAUGUAGAAUAUUUCCCGUUCGAUGAGCAAUCGUGUAUUAUGAAAUUCGGCUCGUGGACUUACAAUGGCGCUCAGAUAGAUUUGAAGCAUAUGAAGCAGGAACCUGGUAGCAAUCUUGUUGCGAUUGGCAUAGAUCUUACCGAUUUUUAUCUAUCUGUGGAAUGGGAUAUUCUAGAAGUACCAGCAACACGCAACGAAGAAUAUUAUCCAUGCUGUACAGAACCUUAUUCGGAUAUCACAUUCAAUAUUACGAUGAGAAGAAAAACUCUAUUUUAUACUGUCAAUCUUAUUAUCCCCUGCGUUGGCAUCACGUGUUUAACUGUACUAGUUUUUUAUCUGCCCAGCGAUUCUGGUGAAAAAGUAUCAUUAUGUUCUUCCAUUCUUCUUUCAUUGACGGUGUUCUUCUUACUCUUAGCUGAGAUUAUUCCACCAACAUCGUUAGCUAUACCUUUGCUUGGAAAAUACUUGUUGUUCACCAUGAUUUUAGUUACUCUGUCCAUUUGUAUGACUGUCUGCGUCUUAAACGUACACUUCCGAUCUCCUUCCACGCAUACGAUGUCGACAUGGAUAAAAUGCUUCUUUCUGAAUUGGAUGCCAAGAAUGUUGAUGAUGCGUCGCACACCGUAUUCUACACCAGAAUACGAUGAUGCUUACAUGGAUAGUGCAUACACUAACGAGAUAGAUUACAGUGUAAGUGACUUUCCUUUGGAACUGAAAGGAAGUCCAGACGCGUUCGAAAGUGUUACUUCAACAUAUAAAAGUAUUAGAGACGACGAUGCACGACACGUACCGCAUGCGUCAGUUACUGACAGCGAAAAUACGAUUCCAAAACACUUAUCUCCAGAUGUCAUAUCGGCUCUCAAAGGUGUGCGUUUCAUUGCUCAACAUAUAAAAGAUGCAGAUAAAGAUAAUGAGGUCAUAGAAGAUUGGAAAUUCGUAGCUAUGGUUUUGGACAGAUUCUUUCUUUGGAUAUUUACAAUCGCAGUUAUCGGUGGCACAGCGGGUAUAAUAGGUCAAGCACCUACUCUUUAUGACACACGAGUACCUGUGGAUCGACAACUUUCUAGUAUAACAUUCCGCAAGUAUAUGUAUCCACCGAACGUGAACGGGACUUUUGAGGACGAUUAAUUAUCAUGGCACGCAUAAUUUACGCAUAAUUUAUACGUGUGAUUUGCGUGUAAGGUACAAUGACAUACUAUGUUGUACAUGUUCUAUUAAUCACGUUCGACACACCUUCCCUCUACAUUUCUCCUCUCAAAAAAUCCAUCUAUACUUUUUCAUGUAAUUUAUCUACAAACAUAAUUUUUCAAUUUUUCAAAACAUUUGAUCUUACUGAGGAAACAUAGUUGUAAUAUAUUGUCAGAUAUCAGGGUACUCAAUCAACACAAGAAAGAAUUAAUAAUAACUAAUUGAAAUAUGCAGGAUCUUUCUAGAGUAACCACUCAAUAAUUAUGUCUAUUUUUUUCGUUUAAAAUAUUAAAUAUUACAAAAGUUAAAGAUCACAUCAUAGUUUAUGCAACUUCUGUUUUUAGUAUAUACAUUAUGUUACAAUUUUUAAAUGCAAUAUAUGUCUAGAGUUAAGUGUUAAAAAAAUAAAAGAUAAAAAUAUAGAAAGCUCGACGAUAAAGGAUCUAUUUACUAAAGCUUGCAAUCCCUUAGCGGUAUGUUGCAUUAUAAUACAUUAAAAUUGUGCAAAUUUUUCCUCACAUUAAGGUAACUUUGGCAUAUAUUAAUUUAUCAAAUAUUAUUUAUUGUGUUUAAAAUAAACAUAGUAAAUAAUGUACCAAUAAAACUUUAUACUGUUUACUAUCAAAAAAAUUUUUUAAACAAAAUAUUUAUUUUCUUAUAUUUGAAAAAAAAAACAUUUUUAGAAAACCUUGCAUUUUUGCUAUACAUCAAAAGGGAUAGAAUGUAUGGUCACUCAUGAGACAUUCAAGCUAAAUAAAAAAUACAAAAGCUAAGUACUUGUACUUUGAUAUACUUCAUUUCCCAUUUACUUCUCCGUUUAUUAUCUCUUUAUGUAUGAUACUCAAGUAUAAUCACUGAUGUCCAAUUUCUUCACUUCUAGAUAACUAUAUUCAUAAAACAUUUUCCAGAGACUAAUAAUUUCUAAUAAAAUUCUAGUACAUUUUGUAUCAAAAAUUAGUAUAAAGAUUAUCCAUUAAAUACGUAACCAGAGGUUUUAGUGAAGAAAACGAAUUUUUAGUGUUUUGAAGGAUAUCUUUAUCUGAAAAAUAGCUAUCGAGAUGUGAAGAAAUUGGUCAUAAACCUUUUACACUCUCUAUAGAGGGAGUAAUCAUUUUUCGUAAAUUGUAAUACAUCGCUGCACUGUUCAAAACAUUGGCAAAUUGAUUCAACUCAUGAUCAUUUCGUUAAUAUUAAUAGUAAAAACUGAAAUCAUACACAACACUAAUCUAUAUAACAUAAAAGCACAGUGUCUAUAUGUAUUAUAACAAAGUGAUUGCGAGUAAAUUAUUUUUACUUC